GGAUUAUGGUAUAUUUAUGUGCUUGAAGUUCAGUAACAAAGGGCAAUAAGCUAUGGAGAGCAAAGAGGUGAAGCUUUUAGGACUCUGGGUGAGCCCCGUUGUACGCAGAGUUGAAUGGGCUCUGAAGGUGAAGGGCGUUGAGUAUGAGUACAUAGAAGAAGACAUCUACAACAAAAGCAAUCUUCUCCUUGAACUCAACCCUGUUCAUAAGAAGGUGCCAGUUCUUGUUCAUGAUGGUAAGGCAAUCGCAGAGUCACUUGUUAUACUUGAAUAUGUUGAUGAAACAUGGAAGCAAAAUCCUUUGCUGCCUCAAGAUCCUUACCAAAGGGCAUUGGCUAGAUUUUGGGCUAAAUUUUGUGACCAGCAGGUUUUAAGAAUUGCGUGGAAUGCCUUGUGCUCCGAAGGGGAGGAAAAGCAAACGUACAUAGAACAAUGUAAAGAAGCCUUGGAAAAGAUGGAAGAGGAAGUAUUCAAAGGGAAGCAGAUCCUUGGAGAGGAUGAGGGGAGCAACAUUGGGUAUCUAGACAUUGCAGCAGGAUGGAUCACUCACUGGCUCCCUGUUUAUGAGGAAGUUGGUUCAAUUCAAAUUCUAGACCCUCUGCAAUUUCCGGCUACAGCCGCAUGGAUCAACAGGUUUCUCAACCACUCAGUGAUCAAAGACAACCUACCACCAAGGGACAAGAUGCCUGCUUAUUGUCACAAGAGAAGCCAAGAAUUUCUUAACGAAAAAAGAGAAGCCAGGAAGUGAGUUUCAGAGCUCACGCCGGAUCUAGAUAUGAUUAAUGGGAAUGUGUAUGUAUUGACUGUGCUUUAGCAGUCAAACUACCAAUAAAACGAGGAGGUUUGAACCUAAAUCCUGUCCAGCACGUAUUUCAAGCAUUGAAUAAAAGCCUUAUUGCCAU